AUGGUGGACGGCUACGAGCUGGCCCCCGCGGCCGCGGCUCAGCUUGAUGAGCUGCUUGCGGUGGUGCAGCGGCUGAAGGACGAGGCUGCGCCCAACAUGACGGUGCGCGUGAGCGGCGGGUGGCAUGUACAGUGGAUUGCGAGGGUGAACAAGAGCAGCGCGGUCGGCGACUACUACGCCUAUCGGCGCGACGACCCGAGCCGCCGUUGCCGCUCCCGGCGCGAGCUCUUGCGAGCGCUGUCGGCCAGCGAUCCUGCUGACGUCUCACACUCUUCUCUCUUCAGCAGCGCUCGCAGCGACAGAGAUUGUGAUGACGUGGGCGACGACGGCGGCAGCGCCAGUGAGAGCUCGGACGUCGACUCUGACGACGUUGACCAGCGCAAUAUCAUGAAGGGCAGGCGGCGCCGCGCUGAAGUAAAUUAUUCGGAGCGGCCGAACUCGGACUCCUCGGACUCCUCCGGGUGCGGCAGCUCCGGUGGAGGAGGCGUCGACGCCAACACGAAAUCGGCCAAUGCCGAGGUGCUCGGCUGCACUGGCUGCCUGGGCAGCAGCAACGCUAGCAGCGUCGCUAGGCAGCAGCUCGCCCACCUUGAGUGUUGA